CACUGCAUGAAACAGGGCAAAUACAACUGAAUAUGUGUAAAUAUUUUUUCUAUAUUCGAUGUGAAUACAUACUAAAUACAGCAUAAUAAGUAAAAUAUAUUCAUGAUUAAUAUUUAUUGUCGUAUUGCAUUGUAUUCAAACGCAUUCCGAAUUGCAGCAGAAUACAACCGAAUACACACAUGUAUACCAUCAAAUUGAAAUUAACGAACCAGUAAUCGACCCUGGAGGCAUGAAGCGAAACAAAUAGUUGUUUUCUUUAGUGCUUGAAUUUAUACAAAGUUUUGCAUUUCAACUGUCGUUCACAAAGUUAUAACAUGUACGAUCUCAAAAUGGAAAAUUUGCAAAGACAGUGGAUGGACAUUUUUGAAUCCUAUACACUGUAGUUUAAAAAGUAAUAGCAACAAUUUAAAAGGUUAGAAUGAUUAAUUUGUUGACAUAGAUGAAUUAAAACACAUUCAAAAAUAACUAAGUCAAAACAUCUCUUACAAUACAAUAACUGCAGAACUUAUUUGAUUUUGAUUUUUCUUGAGUUUUAGUAAAAUGUAUUUGAUUGCAGGAAGAAGUAAAACCCUAAAUGAUCACCUGCCAGCAGGAGCUAUGAUUGAACCUGACCACAUUGAAAUUGCCCACCGUUUGCCUGGAAGAGAUGGGAAGCCACGACAAAUCAUAGCCAAAUUCUUUGACCGACUUGUUAAGGACAAAGUAAUGUCAAACAAGCGCCACCUAAAAGGCACCAAUGUGAGAAUUUACCAUGAUCUCAGUCCGAGAAACAGAGUACUACUGAAAGAAGUCAAGCAGCACAACGAUAUUGAUCAAGCAUGGUACAAUAACAUGAAAGUGUAUGGUAAACUCAAAUCUGGUACAAUCAAAGUAUUCUCAAUCAACGAUAACAUUGACUCUGUCAUUGCCAGGUCUUAAUUACCUUGGUGUGCUUGGACGAUUGCCA